AGUAGCAUUUAGUGAGAAAAAGAACAUUGCGGUGCAAUUGCGAGCAAGCGCUGUUGCUGUUAACUUUUUACUCCAUAUUAGCCACCCUAUAUAGUAUUUCUACUCCAUAUCAGAAGCGUCCUCUCAGGUAUCAACUUUUCCACAAUUUAGCGAUAAUAUUCACUAGAAUGAUUCGUGCAGUGGCGGAAGAUGACAGUACCGAGGCUCCCUACGUGGUGGAGAAAGUGAUGGACCGCCGGAUUACCGCCGCCGGCAAGAUCGAGUACUACCUCAAGUGGAAGGGCUACUCGGAGGCGGACAACACCUGGGAACCAGAGGAGAACCUGGACUGCCCGGAGCUGAUUGCGAGGUACGAGGAGGCACGCCGCCAGAAAGAGUUCAAGGAGGCGAAGAAGAAAUCUGCCAAGAAGAAACUGGAGGAGAUCGCCAAGCCGCGCGGAUUUGAUCGGAGCCUACAGCUGAGGGCGAUUGUGGGCGCCACGGACUGCGGAGGAGAGCUGAUGUUCCUGGUGCAGUGGUUCGGCUGCGAUGAAAUGGACAUUUUACCCGCUGCGGUGGUAAACGACAAGGAACCCGGAGUGGUAAUCGACUAUUACGAAACCAAGAGCAAGAUCGUGGAGAAGGCCCGGGAACGCAGCAAGUUUGCCGCUUAUGAAGAAGUUGGUGGAAGCGUUGAACCAGCGCCAAGCAUGCCGACGGAAUCGUUGGAGGAAAUGAUGCAAGCUUAGUUGUAAGUAACUAGAUUUAAUCGAUUUUAUCUUAACUACGUAUAACAAGACAUCAAACAAA